AUGCCUAUUAUUUUAGCCUAUGUCGCACUAAAUAAAAAUAAGUACCGAGUGAAAGUGCAAAGCUUUUGUGAAAACCGAUGUCAAAUUUAUUUCAUUGCUGUUCGUGGAUAUGAAGAUCCAUUAUCUACAACCGUAUCAACUAAGAUACCAUAUGAUAAGGAGGAAGUUGUUUUGUAUUUCUCUCAUUUAUUUCAUAUCGUCUUGAGUCAAAUACAAAAUGACUAUUAUUUAAUUUUUUUGCAAGAAAAUCAUACAAAUGGUCUUUCUAUAGAAACGCAACUAUCACCAUCUCGUCAUUGUCCACAAGUUGACAAGUUCUUAAAAAUACGUUGGCCUCCACUACGUCGUGUGAAAUAUUAUCACAAAAUCUGUCGAGAACAUCCGCAGCUUGCCUGUUUUCAUCUUGAUUUCAAUCAAACAUCGCAUGAGUGUCAAUCGUUACAUGAUUGUCAAAACAAUGCGUCAUGCUUCCAAGAUCGACCUUGUCCAAGUCGGAUUUCGUGCAUCUGCUCCGAAUGUUAUUAUGGAAGUAAAUGUCAGUUUACUACAAAAGGCGUUGGCCUCAGUCUCGAUGUUAUUCUUGCCUAUCAAAUCCGUCCUAAUCUAUCCAUCGGUCGUCAGCCAUUUUCUGUUAAAUUCAGUCUAAUCAUCACUAUGGUUAUGUUUAUUUUAACAGUCUUAACUGGAACGCUUUCAUUGUUAACUUUCAAGAGUAAAAUAAUUCGACAAGUGGGAUGCGGAAUUUAUCUGAUCACAUCAUCGACUUUGACCUUACUGGUUGCGAUUAUUUUCACAUUAAAAUUCGUCUUUCCUCUAACAAGUCAAAUGUCACUGGUCACAAAUCGAGUCUUUUUAUACUUGAAUUGUUUGUCGAUGGACUAUUUACUGCGUUCGUUACUGGCGAUAAUUGAUUGGUUGAAUGCAUGUGUUGGAGUAGAGAGAAUUAUCACAAUUCACAAGGGAAUCAAUUUUAAUAAAGAGAAAAGCCAAUCGAUAUCUCGCUGGAUUGUGUUAAUAACAAUAGUCUUGACACUAUUAAGUAAUGUUCAUGAUCCACUUCAUCGGCGUUUAGCUGAUGAUGGAGAAGAAAGAAGAACAUGGUGCAUUGUCCAUUAUUCUUCUAAACAAGUGGAAAUAAUGAAUUCAUUGGUAAAUUUACUUCACUUUCUAAUACCGUUUUUCAUUAAUAUUCUUUCCGCUUUCGUUAUUAUUGUUCUUAUUACUCGAUUUCAUUCAUUUGCUCGAAAACACAACUAUCAAGAACAACUUCGUGGUGAAUGUUCAAUUCAUAAACAACUCUUGAUAAGUCCCAUGAUACUAAUCGCUUUAGCAUUUCCUCGUCUUAUACUAUCAUUUCUAUCGGGCUGUAUGAAAUCAGUUCGCGAUCCAUGGCUAUUUCUGAUUGGGUACUUUGUCUCGUUUAUUCCAUGCGUAUUGCAUAGCGUUAUAUUUAUUCUGCCGUCAGAAGUAUAUCGAAAAGAAUUACGAGAUGUUAUUCAACAAAUCCGUGGAAAAUUUCGAUGA